AUGUUCUUCUUCCUGCUUAACCUGGCCCUCACUGACCUGGGCUGCAUCUGCACCACUGUCCCCAAAGCCAUGCACAAUUCCCUCUGGGACACCAGGAACAUCUCUUAUGAUGGAUGUGCUGCUCAGGUGUUUUUCCUUAUGUUCUUUAUCACAGCAGAGCUUUCCCUCCUGACCGUCAUGUGCUACGACCGCUACGUGUCCAUCUGCAAAUCCCUGCACUACAGGACCCUCCUGGGCAGCAGAGCUUGUGCCCACUUGGCAGCAGCUACCUGGGCCAGUGGCUUUCUCACUGCUCUGCUGCACACAGCCAAUACAUUUUCUCUGCCCCUGUGCCAGGGCAAUGCCCUAGGCCAGUUCUUCUGUGAAAUCCCCCAUAUCCUCAAGCUCUCCUGCUCGCACUCCUACCUCAGGAAAUUUGGGGCUUCUGUUUUCACUACUUCCUUAGCACUUGGCUGUUUUCUGUUCAUUGUUUUCUCCUAUGUGCAGAUCUUCAGGGCUGUGCUGAGGAUCCCCUCUGAGCAGGGACGGCACAAAGCCUUUUCCACCUGCCUCCCUCACCUGGCCGUGGUCUCCCUGUUUCUCAGCACUGCAGUAUUUGCCUACCUGAAGCCCUCCUCCAUCUCCUCCCCAUCCCUGGAUCUGUCCCUGUCAGUUCUGUACUCAGUGGAGCCUCCAGCCCUGAAUCACCUCAUCUACAGCCUGAGGAACCAGGAGCUCAAAGGAGCUCCGAGAAAAUUGAUGACACUCUAUUUUCAGAAGCAUUAAAUGCUCUCUUUUCUUCUGCAGAGCCUUUAGAAUGUAACUCUUUACAAUCUCUCUUUUUUUUUUUUUCCUUAUCUGUCCAUUUUUUGUAGAUAACAUUUUCUACUCUUGUGUUUUGUAGAAAAUACUGUGAAUUACUCUUUGCAUUUCUACAUGAAUAUCUACUUUUCUUUUGGAAGACAAAGACAUGCAUGAGUUCUCUUCCCAUGCAUUUAAAUAAAAGCAAGUGCAUGCCCUC